CUUUGUCUAGAAACGAUCCUACAACACACCACUUGUAUGUGGUCCAUUGCCGCCUCCUUGGUUCUUGUCGUCAUUGCUGUUGUUGUUGCCAUUAUUUUUCACACUGUCCACGACAUCGGUGACGGAUUGCUUCAUCCAAGACAAUCCAUUGUUGAUUCCUCUUCCAGCGGCAUUUGCGGCUUCUCCAAUUCGAUCGCCUGGCCGCACGGGUUCACCACUUCCCAGCCGCUGUCCGCCUCCUAGCGUUUGACCUGAUGAUUGUUGUUGUGAAUUGGAAAACGAAUUCCGGGCAGGUGCACCACCACCCAACCGCUGUCCACCACCCAAAGGUUGACCAUUUCCCAGCGUUUGACCGCCCUGUUGAUUGUCUUUUUUGUUGUAACUGUCUGUCACUUUGCGACACGCCGGACAGAGACUAUCUUGUUGGGAUUCCACCACAUCCACAACCUUGUUGGACGCGUCUCUUCCAGCCCUGGCACCGGCAAAGGAUCCCGCAAUGGCGCCUCCAAUGGCACCUACAGGACCCAAUACCGAUCCCAAUAGCAUGGAGCCUCCCAACGAUGCUCCCAGAGAACCACUGAGGCUCCCCACCACAUUGGCGGUGCCACGAUUCGCGUUAUCUGCGAUGGGGUUGCGACAGCGAGCGCAGACGCGGACUCGUCGUUCUUGAACCACCUUUUCUUGGACUGUCUCGUAGGGCAUGGUUGGCUUCUCUUGUAUUGUAUUGACUGUACUAUACGGUAGUGCCUUGUGGAUGUGGACUACUGUUGCUGUCUUGCGGUGGAUUGACGAUGUGGCGACUGAAGUUGUUGUCGGUGCUCUUUUGUUUGGCGAGAAGAAGCUUAUUAGCAAAACUAGCUUAGAGCGUCCAUCAUUGGCUCCCUAACUAAAGCGGCAUUUUUAUUGCUGUACCAGAAGCUCAAGAAAAUCCACGUUUCGAACCCCGACAAAGCAGACAUGAACCUGGCACAGCCACGGUGCCACCAAAGGAGCAUUUGUUAACCAGCCUCCACACGUUUGUCUAAUAGAGUCUGGGAAGUGCGACAUCAACCUUGAUGCUCUUUGUAAACUAAAUACACCAGUAUCUAUGCCGGGAAAGACAGCUCGUGGUUAGCUCACAAUUCCAAAAAGGAGAGAAGAAAAUCCAACACGAUAACUCAAGCAAAACGCAGUAUGGCAGCAAGUCACGAACAACCCGAGGGAGAGAUCCAAAUCAUGCCUGAUGGCACCAAAGUCCAAAUCUACAUCCGAGCCGAUGGAAGGAAAGUGCGCAGAGUCUUCAAGACCAGAAAGGUCCCCCCCAAGACGGUCAAAGAAGGAGACAACAUUGUUCGACCCGAUGGCACCCGCAAGGUCGCGAACAAUAAGGCACCAACCACCAACACGACAGCAGCCGGUGACUUGGCAGGAUUGUUGGAAAAGGCAGACUCGGCAAUGCCAAAGACGUGCGGCAGUGCCACGGUGGCAGGGGACACGCCACUAAAGACACCAACGACACAAAAGGCCAACGAAGAUGCCUCCUCAAAGGGAGAAAUCAUUACCAGACCCGACGGCUCCCGAUACAGGAGGAGGGUUGUGAGAAGAAAGACUUCCCCAAAGGAGGGCGAGAUCAUUGUCAAACCGGAUGGGAGGCGUGUGAGGAUAGUCCGGAAAAAGGUGGCGCCCACCUUGAAGAGGGGUGUUGCUGCCUCGACGGCAACUGCAAAACCCGCCCCCGUGGCCCCAGACACAAUCGCACCAGGAGAAACGACCACGGUUCCCGUCGCAACGAAGCCAACACUUGCCAGAAGCGCUUCUGAUGGUACCGAUCGCGAAAUCCCUGCGAAACGUAGCACCGAGGGAGAUGCCCGUUCGACGGAACAGUCCACCUCUGGGGGGGUCGUUGCUGGUGGUGGCCAGGUGAAACCAGCGACAGAGAAGGAAAUCAGUGAUUGGGUAAUGGUCGACACUAUGCAUACCAAUGACGCCACAAAGAUCAACGUUGCCGUGAAGCUCACCCUGCAGGGACCAGACGGCAAGCAAUCUUUGAAGGAGUCGGACACAAAAGACUUGUCCCUUUCGGAACUGGCCAAUCUGUUGCGUGGGCUUGGAGGAUCCCUGGCACUGGUGGAUGUCUUGCUCAAAGACGCACGUAGCCUUUCCAAAUCCAACCCUCAAUUUAGGAUGACAGACGUUUCCCAGUCUGAUGUGGUCAAGGACCGAGCUCUCCCUGUUGGCGCCACUGAAGAGCCGGGCGUCGCUGUCGGGGCGACCACGAAAGAGCUGCCUGCUGGUAUGGAGCUGGUCCCAAUAGAUGUGGCAGAGGCUGGACGCGCUGUGAAGGAGAUGGGAAUUUCCGAUGUCAAGUCGGUCUUGCAGGGGGAGACGGCACAGCUGGCGAAGGAGCUAAGGAUUGCAAACAAACGAAAGAAGAUGCUGGAGCAGCAGCUGAUUAAAAAUCGAAUUGCAAUCGCCGAUGACAUUCCCUACGAAGAGUGCAAGGAGAAAAUGAACAGGAUCAAUCCGAGGCUGGGGGAGCUGGCGGCAAUGGUUCCCGACGGAAAGAUGCUAAUAGAGCACCCAGACCCUGUCGUUGAAAAGGAAUUGAGGAAGGAGUACCACGAGCUCACCGUAGAGGCGGAGCGCCUGGAUGCUGCUAUGGUGCUCACCCCCGAAUACCAAAAGGAACAGGAGCAAAAGGAGGAACGCUGGGAACGAGAAACCGCAGCCGACAAUGAGGAAGCGCUGAAGCAAAUACGAAGACACAUGCCCGUCAAUAGUCGCAAUCUCACUGUCGAGCAAUUGGCAACGACUCCAACACCAAACGGAAAGCAUCUCCCGAGGGCGACAGCAAGGAAGUUUAAGCGCACCAAUGUCCUCAAGUUGAUCCGAUUUCACCCUGACGAGAUCGAGAGAAUGCAUCCCAACUACCUGAACGAACUGGGUUGCCGAGGCUUGACGCUGACAGAACGACGAGCCCUUCAUGCCCAGCUCACAACGGUCGCGAAGUCGUGGAAGAAAAACUGUUCCGAUAAGACGACCGGGAUGAAGUGGAAGUGGUUCGAACUGUUGAGGGAUAGCCUCAAACUGGCAUUGAACGAAUGGGAACAACAUUGUGUGGCGUGUGGUCCCCCAGGAAACCACAAAUGCGAUCUCUUUGGGCCGUCGUGCCCACUUGUGGCAGACAAGAAGGUAGACUACUCCGGCGACUAUGGCUUUCCCGAAGGAGCUGUGUUCCCGGAAAACGAAGUUUCAAGAAUUGCGGAUGAUCCGGGUGCCAAGGCUUUGCUGGAAGCUCAAGCCCUUGCCCGCGCAAAGAUUGAGGAUGAACGAGCCGAAAUUCUGAAGAAGCAUUACAAAAACGUGAUGUUCGUAGCCAAAGCAAAUGGAAGUUGUGCGGCCAUGGACGAAGCGAUGGACAAGAUCGAGAUACGGGAAAUCGCUUGGGUUGAACGCACCAUCGAGAAUGCCGCCUACACGGAUGACGAGAAGCGGAAGGAGGUCAUUUCGUACACGCACCUCCUGAACGACCUCAAGCGAACCGUGCAGGGCUUGGCGGCAAGGUCUGGCAUGGAAACCAGAGGAGCAAGAAACAAAGAUCGUGAUGACCCCGAUACGAGAAGUGCUGUCGAAUGUGCUCUCUGCGAGGAACUGAACGAUAGUUUGUCGAUUCUGUUCCCCUUCCUGGAGAGGCGCAUGAGGGAAAUGAAGUUGAAGGACACGAGGGUAUCGCAAUGCAUCGAAGUUAUCAGCGGGUUGAUGGGAGACUUGCAUGUACGCAACCAACAAACUUUGAAGAAGCUUGCGGUCUGCCGCCCUGAUCCAUCCAGGAAGCUUAAGAAAAUCGCGGAGAUUGAGAAGGAGGCCCGGGCGAGAGCUGUCCACGCUUUGAGCACAGAGUCCGAGAUAUCGGACAGCUGCUUUAGCGAGGUGGAGGAUGCUUCGCGCCCCCCUCCCCUCCCGAAGAGUUUGCUGGGACCCCCAGAGGCAAAAGGGCGACAAGAAAGGGGUGGUCUUUUGGCUGCUAUCGCAGGAAAGGGCAAGGCAAAGGCAAAACCAAGCAUCGGCAGCAAACCGACAAGCCCCAAGCCCAACAGGCCAAAAAUUGGCGGCGGCCUCCUGGCUGCCAUUGCUGCAAGAGGAAAGAAGUAAGGAUAGUUUUUGCAUUUGCUCGUCUUUGUCAUACACC